AUCACUGAACUAAACACUUUCUCCCGGAGCAGACACAAACACAGACUUGGAACUGUUUGAUGUGCAGGACAAGCAUGGAUUUAGUGGAAUUGUUUUUUAUUUCUCUUGGUGCUACCAUUGCUGUCUACUAUGGAGUGAGACUGCUGCUUUUCAGUAGGAUGAUUUUUCCAAAACUGUGGUUUCCACUGUCAAAGUCCUUUUUCACCUCUAUGGGAGAAUGGGCAGUGGUGACUGGUUCUUCAGAAGGCAUAGGAAGAGCAUAUGCAUUCAUGCUGGCUAAGAAAGGGAUGAACGUGGUAAUCAUCAGUAGAACCAAAGAAAAAUUGGACGUGGUGGCCAAGGACAUAGGUCAUACCACAGGGCAGAUGGUGAAAGUCAUAGUAACAGACUUCAUAAAGGAAAAUGUCUUCAGUGACAUUGAGGAUCAGCUGAAGGGCCUCAACAUUGGGGUUUUAGUCAAUAAUGUGGGAAUUCUGCCCAGCACCAUCCCUUGCCAAUUCCUUGAACACGAAGAGCUGAACCAGACAAUUACAAAGGUGAUAAACUGCAAUGUGAGGACUAUGGUCAAGAUGUGCAAAAUAAUCCUGCCAGGCAUGGAGAACAGGGGAAAAGGGUUAAUAUUAAACAUUUCGUCUGGGGUUGCUUCUGUUCCCUUCCCCAUGUACACACUGUAUUCAUCAUCUAAGGUGUUUGUGGAAAGAUUUUCUCAAAGCCUUCAAGCUGAAUAUAAAGAUAAAGAGAUUAUUAUACAGGCAGUGGCUCCAUUUGGGGUCUCUACUCGAAUGUCAGGUUACCAAAAAACCAACAUGGUGACAUUGUCUCCAGAACAGUUUGUUGAACGCUCCCUGCAGUACAUCAGAGCUGGAGACAAAACAAACGGCUGUAUCUGUCACAUAAUUCUGAGCUGGAUACUGCAGACUAUCCCUCUCAAGGACUUUAUGCUGCAGGGCCUACAAGAAUAUAUCAAGAAGAACAACUUUAAAAACCAUAGGAACAAAUCAGGAGGAGCAAUAUAAAGAUAUUUUAAUUGAAUCUUUCAAACUGUAAAUAAAUAAUAAGAGGAAAUGGUAUAAUUAUGGAACUGGUACUGACAAACCUAACCAUUACCAUAAGUUAGAGUACAGUAGUACCUUUUGUUACAUUGUAUAUAUACAUUUAUGACGUCUGUAAUGUUUUUUGACACUGUUGUAAUUUGGUUAUUGUUUGUUUUUAGGAAUGAGGUCAUAGUCUCACGGACUGCAUUAGAAACACCUCUAAGUAUGAUGCAGCCUUAACUAUGGCCUCAGUAACAUAUAAUUGAAUGUACACACUCCUGAUAGUCCUUAGCUACUUGUUACUAUAGGAGCUUUGAUGCCUCUGAAUAUAUAAUAAUAUUUUAAUUAAUUAACUCUGUGCUAGUAAUGUGGAAGUUUCCCUCAAAUUGGAUUUGUCCUUAUUUAUUUGUCAUUAAUUUUUUGAUCAAUCCGCUCCAUUCUUCAUUCAAGAGUAGGUUCAUAUACUUUGACAUAAGAUAUUUUAGUAUUAGUUGUUGUCUAUUUGCUCCUUUGUGUAUUUGUAUGUAUUUCACACACCAUGUUGUAAGACACACACGCACACACACGCACACACACGCACACACACACACACACACACACACACACACACACACACACACACACACACACACACACACACACACACACACAAAUACACCUGCAACUAUCAUUAGCAUCGUCCUCUCCCCUCUGAGAUGGAGGAAGCAAUUGAUCAGAUGAGUACACCACCAGACAACUUCAGGUGUCAGUCACCAUUCUGAUUUCCACAAAACCAGUUGGGGGUGGAAGAGAACUGAUGAGCUUCUCCGUGGUUCCUUAGAAAUGAGAAUACACUGGAGGCCUGGGUUUGAUAGCCAGCUGCUGUUUAAAACAUGCACAAACAUUCCCGUACAUAUGCAGAAGUAGACACACACAACGAUGUGAAUUAGUAUGUGCUAUGGAGAUGUCUGACGGAGCUGCCUGACCUUGAGAGUCACUAAUCAUGGGGUGACCGGGCUGUUUAGGCAGCUGUGAUGAAUGAUCCUCCCCAUGAGAGAUAAUGCAAGGAAAAGGGAAAGUGAGAGAGUAGAGAGGUCAGAGUGACCUAGAUGAUCCAUGUCUAGCCUGACUGUUUGGAAAAGGCAAAGAAUAACUCAUAUCCACAUGAGAAUAGUCUUUAUUUAUCCCAUAUGAUGCUUAUUAAAACAGGUACAGAACUUUUACAGCAAUUAACACACCAUAAAAAAAGAAUUAUAGACAAGAAAUGGAACUGCAAAGCAUCUAAAAAUGGACAAUGUACUUAAAAGAUCAUCAUAAAAAUAUAAAUAUAUAGAAAUAUUGUCAGUUUAAAGUAUUUUUGAUUUUGCAAACUUAAGAAGCACAUAGUAGUGAUCAUAGGCCUAUUUCCUUUUUUGUUUUGUAGAAGAUUAGGGUGACUAAGGCAUUAGUUUUUGGGGAACUUUCUUUUUUUUUUUACUUUUUGUAUUCAAAUACAUCUAUGAGUGCGAUUUUGUAUAAAUGUUUUUCUGAUACCGUUUCAUUCUCUUUAUUUGAUUUUUUUUUCCUUAAAUGUUUUAUGGUUGGAAAUAUAUUUUUACGCAUUCACAGGCAUAUUGUGUAAUGACCAUCCUAGGUGUUUAUGAGGAAACAGGAUAAGUAGUUUGUAUUAAUCUUGUUUGUAUGAAAAAACAUAUGGUGACAUACAUUAUCUUGAACACACCAUGAUUCAUGUACAAUAAAUAAGCUAUUCAAACCAAAGUCUUUUUUAUUAUUUCUGCAUCAUUUCAUUAUAUGGUAAAUUAAAGUCUUUUGCAUCAUUUUAUCCCAGAAAUUUCACCUUAUUCACAGUAUUUGGUGUUCCUGGAAACUUCCUGGUCUCC